CAACCAACUCCUGAGACGAGCCUGAGACCAAUCCUGACCAAUUCAGAAAUGUAUUGUCAACUUCAAAGACAUCCACAUCCAAUCAAAUUUUUAGUCAAACUUCAAAGUUCAAUUUGAAUUUUGGGCAGGUCAAAGUGUUAUGCUGAAGAUAUAAAGUAAUAUUUUAUAUUGUUUGCAAUUGCUAUUUGACAAUUACACAAGCUUUACUACACUCUUGUUUUUUGAAUAAGCCCCUCUUUCUUUUGAACAUUGAAAAUGCAAAAGGAAAAGAAAUGGUUUAAGCCUCUUUUUGAAUUUGGCGAUAGUCCACUUCCAAAGAAAGUUAAAAGAGAUACCUCCAAGCAUCAAAAACAGAUUGUAAAUGAGGAAUCACUACCACCAAAUGGCUGCUUACCAAAUAUAAAUGAUAAAAACUGGAUGAAAAAUUUCAAUCCUGUCAAUGUAGAAGACUUGGCUGUUCACAUUAAAAAGGUGCAAGAAGUGGAUGAGUGGCUGAAUACAGCUUGUGUGAACAGCAAUAAUGAUAUGCUUUUGCUCUCUGGUCCAGUGGGCUGCGGGAAAACUGCUACUAUAAGGACUUUAGCUGCUAAACAUAAUGUUAAAAUUACGGAAUGGAUUACGCCACUUGAUAUAGAAUAUCCUACUGAAUUUGGAGAUUAUGAGUUUAAGGUACCACAGUCUAAGAAGUUUCUAGAAUUUAUUAUUAACUCUGCCAAUUUUACAUCACUGCUGGACAAUAAUAGCUGCAAAUUGGUUUUAGUGGAAGACUUCCCAAAUGUGUUUAUAAGAACACCAUCUGAGUUUACAGAUAUUCUGCAACAGUACAGGCUAAGGGCCAAAUCUCCAAUUGUAUUUAUUUGUUCAGAGUCACACACAGAGAACAAAAACACAGCACUUCACCUUUUCUCACCAAGUUUAAAGGAGCAGUUCAGUAUUCAUCAUAUAAUGUUCAAUGGUGUAUCAGCAACAGGUCUAAAAGCAGCUCUUAAAAGGGCAAGUGAUAUUAUUAGUAAAAAAUAUACCUCCACAUAUAAUAUUCCUACAGCAGAUAUAAUUGAAUCAGUUGUCAAUACUUCUGGUGGGGAUGUAAGAUCUGCAAUUUUGAAUUUGCAUUUUGCAUCAUUGAAAGGGUCAAGCAGUAAUUUAGAAACAAGUAUAGUAAAAGAAAAAGAGGUUAGAAAUAAACCAACAAGAAAGAAAAAGUCUACUUCAAACAAAUUUAUGUCACUUGGAAAAGAUCAGACAGUAAGCAUUUUACAUGGUGUAGGAAGAGUCCUGAAUCCCAAAGAAUUAAUAAAUAGUGCAGGUCAAAAAACUUUAACGCACAGCCCAAAAGAUAUAAUUGAACAGUUUAUUACUCACCCAACGUCAUUUAUUAAUUUCCUAGAAGAAAACUAUUUGCCACAUUUCUCAUGCGCCUACGAUGUUGACAAGGCAGCUUCAGCUCUUAGUGAUGGUGACUAUAUGCUUGCAGAGUGGAGGGAAAAGCUAUGUCAAGAGUAUGGUUUGUACAUAGCAGUAGCUGGACUUAUGUUGUCCAACAAAUCACCAGUGUCUGCUUGGAAUCCUGUUAGAGGUCCAAAGAAUAUGAAAGUUCAAUAUCCGUCCCUCCAUGAAUUACCUCUUUUGGAACCAAAUUAUUUAUACAAAGGAAAAGUUCUUGUGACAGACUAUAUAACUUACUGUAAAAUAAUUGAAAAUCCGACUUAGAAAACAAACAAAAAAACCCUUCUCACUGUGAAAAUUGUGGGAGGAGACCCGUGCCCUGUAAUGG